UUAGUGUGGCCUGUAGACACUGCUCACUCCAGAUUUCCCCACCAUUUCUCCCGGUGGUACAAAUGGACAGUGGGAAACAAACUGAUUGACUUCUACAGGGAAUCCAGAUAAAAAAAAAAAACCUCUCUCUGAAGAAAGUAUGACUUUUACAGAAAUGUAAUAGUGUAACAUUUGUAAACCAACGGAAGCAUUUAACUUUUCUCUCUACCUGAACCCUCUGAAAUUCAAAAGGUCUCAGUGCAGGAAACUCAGGAUACUUUGGGGACCUGGUGAAGAGGAACCUACCCACAUCUACAGUAUUAAUAGAGGUGUAAUGGAGAGACAAACACACUAGCUGUCAACAUGGAAAGAGAUACAUUAAAGAAAGAGAUGCACAGAUGCACAAGAUGCCAUCUGACACGGCCGGGUGAGUGUACCUGUGAUGCAAGCACAGUGGACCAGCCCUCAGAGAGCACCAAGCUGUCAAAUGAAAGCCUGAAGUCCCCGCCCUUUUCUCAGGACAAAAGACUGUUAGAAAGAAUACAAUCAAUCAGCUUUGGUGAGUGGACAUAUCCGGCAGUGCUUUCGACAGGAAGAGUUUUAGUGGACCUAUGUCUGGGCCACACUGGUUUGCUACGUUGGUUACGUAAGGACGGGUCUUCCAAGGCCCAAACUGCCAUGAAAUGGAUAGCCCAGAAAUUGCCACUGACAGAAGGAUCAGAAGAUACUAGCUUAGGAGUGGAGACAGUAGUGCCCAUCCAGGCUGCUCAACUGUCUGCUGGGGUUGAACCAGUAUGUAAAAGUUAUCAGUUCCUGGGGCCUGAAGGAAAUGUGGAUAUUGAGUUGAUUGAUAAGUCUGCAAACAGAUACAGCGCCCACUUUCCUGUGGCUGGCUUCUAUCUGUGGCCAGCGGUAGGCCUUGGCUUCUUGGUGACAGCAGCAGUGACUGUGAAGAUUGCUUUUGAUUCUUGGAAUCAACGCCUGGGCCUGGUGUUACAGCACCAGGAGCAGUGGAUGGCGGCAGGGCCUUUGUUUGAGAUCUCUGUGGAGCCUGAGGGGGUCAUUGCUGAAAUCCACCUCCCCCACAUCAUCUCCCUCCCAGCAAAUGAGGUCGAUGUCUCUUGGUUCCAAGUCGCCCAUUUUAAGGAUGAAGGAAUGGUCCUAGAACCGCCAAGCCGAGUGGAGCCUUUCUAUGCCGUGUUGGAAAACCCCAGCUUCUCUCUGAUGGGGAUCCUGCUGAGAUUCGCCAGUGGGACAGGUGUUUCUGUCCCCAUCACGUCCUUGACAUUGAUCUAUUAUCACUUCCACCCUGAAGAUAUUAAAUUUCACUUGUACCUCAUCCCCAGUGACCCCUUGUUAACGAAGGCAAUAGAUGAUGAAGAAGCUAAGUUUCAUGGUGUGCGUCUGCAGACCUCACCCCCAGUGGACCCCCUGAAUUUUGGUUCCCGUUAUAUCGUGUCCAGUAAUGCUCAUCUGGAGAUAAUACCUGAGGAGUUGAAAUUAUCCUACAGGAGUCCUGGAGAAAUCCAGAUAUUCUCCAAAGUCUAUGCUGGGAAGAUGAAGGAACCAAUCAUAUUUGAAAUUACUGAAAAAAGACACAAGACUUUGGUCUGGCACACUUUGGUGAAGCCAGUGGAUCUCCAGUUUCAUUCUGCAGCAGCCCCUCCUCCUCUCUCAGGUAAGGCCUUUCUGAACGAGCACCGCCGGCAGCUGCAAGCCAGGCUGGGAGACCUGAAUGGAGUACUGGAUGACCUUCAGGACAGUGAGGUCUUCACCGAGGAAGAGAAGGAGCUGGUGCAGCAGUGCCCUACACAGCAGCGGAGGAAUGAGACCCUGCUGAGGAUGGUGGAGAAGAAAGGGCACCAGGCCCUGGGGAUUCUCUUCCAAAGCCUUCAUAGAAGAGAUCCUUACCUGAUGUCCUACCUCAGCCAGCAGAGUUUACAACAGUGACUCAGGUGGAUACUCAGGAAGAGAGAAUCCAGUGUUCUCCACUGAAAAUGAACAAACAGGGGUGCUUGGGUUGUUCAGUGGAUUAAGCAUCUGACUCUUGAUUUCAGGUCAGGUGUUGAUCUCAGGGUCAUGAUGUUGAGCCCUGCACUGGGCUCAGUGCACAGCUUGGAGUCUGCUUACGAUCCUCUCCCUCUUCCCCUCCUACCAUUCAGUCUGCCCCCUUCAAAUAAAGAAAUUGAAUAAAUCUGUUUUUUUAAAGGAA